AUGGCGGAAGUUCGUGAAAUUCCUUCUGGAACAUAUAAUCUGAAAUUCGGCGAAUCAUUUCAUGAACGAGGAGAAAAGCCUGUUUAUCACACGCUUCGAUUUGAUUUCAAGCCAAAAUCAUUGGCAGGUGAGAAAGAAACAUUCAUAGCGUUUGGUGGAAAUGGUGAUGUACAGGUAGCAGUACCAGGUGAUGGAGAUGCCUUAACAGUGUUUAAAGGAGCACAAAAGCCGGUAAAAGGUGAGAAAGAAUGUUUACUGUUUUUCGAUCAUUCAACCGGGGAAAUGAGGAUUGAAAAGCUUUCAUCCAUAAUGUCUGUGAAAAAAACAAGAGAUAACGAAGAUAGCGCCUCUAUAAAGUUACGGUUCGAAAUUGAACGAUUACGGAAAGGAAGCGGAGAAAAGUCGGAUGGUGAAAUGGAUGAUACCAAAAGUUCAAGCAGUUCUUCAACAGUUGCAUCAUCUGAAUCGUGUGAUUCCGAUUCCGAAUGUGAUGACGGAGAUAGAAAAUCAGCAUUGGUAACAUCAAAAAGUAUGCGCAGCAGUGAUGAUUCUAGAAGUAUGAGUAGUGAUACUGGUGAUGAUGAUGACUUACAAGGUGCUUUUAUUUUCAGGCAUGACUAAGCGCUGGAGCAGCAACUACGUUCGCAAUCGAUGCCCUCAAUUGAAGAAACAAAACAAAGAAAAGUCAAAUCAUAUCCUCCACCGCCGCUACCGGUUAAUAGUAAUACAAAAAAAUUAUUACAUGAUGAUUUACAAUUAAGUGAAAGCUCGGAUGAAGAUUAA